GCAGUUGACGCUAAUGGCGAGGCCCUGGCCAAAUCAAUAUUUUGACUGCUGAGGAGAGCUUGUACGUUCUGCCCAUUCCCUUCGCAUAUUGCACCGGUAUUUGCCUUCAUGCAUUCUGGCCGACUGGUUCGGGGCCUCUGGCGGUGCUGUCUGGAAAUCGAUGUGGAUAACAAGGAGUGCACCGAGGAAAAGAACGAGGACCGGCAAACAUGUUAUCCGUCGAACGAGACGCAGAAACUGACCCAGUCGAGCAGCGACCUGGAGAAAAGACCGGCAACGCUGAAUUCCGAUUUCCCAACGGAGAUUCCUACAACGGAGGGUACCGAAUCUGGCCAGAGGAGAAGGCCAAGAGCUACGGCAUUGUCCGCCAUGGAGACGGCACCUACACCACCAGCGAUGGCGACCAGUACACCGGCACCUGGGCCGAGGACACUCUGGACGGUGCGGUCACCAUCUGUUUCGUAGACGGAAGCACGUUCAGCGGGACCCUGCAAGACGGCCAGUACGCGGGACCGGGCCGCUACAGCUUCCCCGAUGGCUCCUACUUCGAAGGCACAUUCACGUGCAGCCAGAUCUCCGGCGAGGGCGUUUGGAUGGACGCCCACGGGCAGGAGUGGCGCGGCCAGUUCGCUACCGACAAGGCACUCAGCCUCAGGUUCAAACACAAUCUGUGACGAGACGGAGCCGUCAGUCGUAGGCGCCCGGUGUUCGCUAGUUUUUGAAGGGCAUGAUGGCAGUCGUCAUGUAUUUGCUUUGGAUUCCCGCUAGUUGGAAGAAAGUAGAGGUGGAAUUAGGGCGCUCUUGGCAAGCAUGAGUCGUGAGUCAUGAGCAUGAGCCAUGGGUCUGCAUUUAUUCUUCUGACGACCGGAGCUGAGGCCGGUGCUAACGGUCGUUAACACCCCAGUUGACAAUGGUCAUGUCUGCAAACAACAUUGUUUACAGGAUAUUUCCCUACUUUUCGUUUUUCCCAAUGACAAAUAUGAAGGAAUCCAGUGAGCAUGGCAAGGAAUCCGAUCAGCAUCGUAAAAAUACCCAAUAUCAUGGUCUAUUCAAGAGUUGGUGCAAACAACAUAUCCACCACCCCUCAGUCCAGCGCGCCAUCAUCAAGACGAUGCGGGUGGGAAGGACCUCGCAUGUUUUACCAACGAUUAAGCUUAAGCAAUCCAAUACACGUGAUAUGAAAGCACCUCACUAAUAUCGUUUAUCCAUCCAUUGCUAACUUUUCAAACACAGCACUGGAUGAGUUGUUGAGUUGCUACCGCGCCGCAGAGAGCAUUGUUGGUACCAAAGGCGAUUUCCGAAACAAAUCAAGAAAAACGCAUACGAGUUCAGCAACACAGUGUUAACUUCACUCAUGCAUUCACUUUUACUCGAGAAGUAACCACCACGGUCGUUUUGCGGCACGAGUUGCCUCUACCAGCCCGUUGAUGCGAGUUCCCUCCAUUUUUUUUAACUCCGUUAACCCGAGACACAAAGACAUGUCAUCUAACAUCCCGGUUAGAGCCACAUGACGAUGCCAUCAGCGCGAUACCACUCCUCAGUCCAGCACG